AUGCAGGACGUCUACCUCAUUAUCCGCGUAGAAGCCAACAGGCCUAAGACCAAAACUGAGGCUGGAGAGCCCGGAAAAGCUGCUGCACCCGUGGUGAGCUUGGACUCUUCAAAUCCAGUAGUUACUCUCCAUGAUGUCACCAAGGGGAGCCUGCCGUCUCGCCUCCGUGUUAAGAAUCAUGGAUCUUCUGUUGACAUAAGACACAUCACGAACCCUUCAACGUCGCGCACUUACUCUGUUGCAUGCGAAAAGAAACCGAACCCCGAAGAAACAUGGAGCAUCCCCGCUUCCUUCACAUCUGCAGAAGAAGCACUGGCGCACCUAGGGAACAUUCCGGAGUGGGCCAAAGAGAGCUGUCGAGAUCGCGACAUUGCACUUAAAAAAGAGCCAUACAAACAAAAAUUAUCCAAGUGGAAAAUAUCGUGGGAAGGAGAGCGGUGUGUCAAAAUCAAGCACAACGAGGACAGCAUUACCUGGUAUUUGUUGGAGACGAUCAUAUGUGAGGAACCGAGAUCCAAGGAGAUGAAAGAACAGGACAAAGCGGACCUUGGGGGUAUGGGGACAAGAUCAAAGAGCAAGAAGGCAGCCAAGACAGUGAAAGAGCAGGAGGGGUACGAGGACGCUAUUAUGGAGGAUUUGGGGAUUUAA